CACUAAUAAGCACAUUCCUACUACCUGAUUAGCUCACAUGAAGAGAGACGGGGGUCUUUGCUCAGGGCAAGGUCCUCCGGAAAAGAGACAAUGAGGGGUGUUUUUUGGGGGCUUUAGGACGAGGAUACAUGACAUUAUGUAGAUUCCUUUAUACCUGGGUGCUUGAUUAGGCAUGCAUGCCUUCAUUUAGAGAAGGCUGUGACUGAGCCCCGACUCUGAGAGGUAAGAUGAUAUAGAUUUUACACUUUUAUUGUAAGAAGGUUCAUGAUGCACUUCUGCACUUGUGGUUUAAUUUAGCAAAAUCUGCUUCUACAUAAGCUGGAAAUAACAAAACUCUGCAAGGGGAGUAUUUAUAAAUAAACUAAAUAAUCCAUCAAUCCACAAAAAUCUUGCGUGAUUUUACAGAGUAUAGCUCCUACAAAUCUUGUCUCUGCUUUGCCUUCAUUCUAUAGGAAGAGCCCUAUUUCUCUAUGAACAGGCUGAUUUUUUUAAUGAGUAAUGAGACGUUGAUGCUAUUUCAUACUCUCUAGAGCAGUGGUUCUCAACUGGUGGGUCCUGACCCAAAAGUGGGUCCCGGACACAUUCUGGAUGGGUCACAAACAGCUGGUCAAAAAAGUACAUAUUCAAUGCAAUACUUAUUAGAUAUUUGAUAUUUUCUGUAUAUAGAACUUCAGUAGUUGUCCUCCUUGUGUUGUCCCCUUCAUAUGCUCUGAAAUGCACCUUACUAAAUAAAAACCAGUGGAUUUAUGUUAAAGAUUUGAGUCUUUAAAGGUUUUUCUUAAUAAAAAAUACAUUUGCUUGGUUUGAAUUCUAUAAAAGUGGGUCAUGACUGAAGGACCGAAGGAAAAUGUGGGUCCCAGAGUGAGAUCAGUUAAGAACCACUGCUCUAGAGAGUCAGAGUUAGGCUGUGCUUUGUAAAACUUGAUUUGCACAGAAGCAGACAAUUAUCGUCAACACGGCGAGGAAAGAGAAACUCCCAGGGGCCUCCUAAAAAUGCUCCCACAAAGAAAACAAAAUAACAAUAACCAAGUGAUCUACAUUUUCAAAGCCGGAACAACAUGAGGGUUUAGAGAUAACAGCGUCAUGGUUUAAACUAGCUCUAAGCACAGACAUAGUUAGAUAACAGCCUUUAUGAGAGGUUAUUCAUUGUUUUAUAUUUGUUCAUACCUUCAAUCCCCCAAAAACUUUCUGCAGAGUUGAGAUCAGUCGCUUUUAUUUUUGUUGAUUCUUAUGAAGUACUGUAGCACGGAAGAAAAGAGGCUCCUGACAGAGCUGGAAGAUCAAGAGGUUCAGCGCUCACUGAACAACAUAAACACAGCCAGGCUUUCAAGCAGAGAACUGGGGCCAGGGAUGUUGACGCUAACAGUGGGAAGCUCUUUGGGAAAUCUGCUUUGAUCGCUGCUACAAAAAAAACAUAUUAAAAUACAAAAUAAAAAAAAGAAAUGGAAAAUGAUGAGGCAAACUGACGGUAUAGAGUUCAGAUUUUAGCUCAGACUCGUAGGAAUUGUUUCCACCUCAGGGAGCAAAAGGAGGCAAGUUCACACUGAUUUAAUUUGUGUGCACUGGGGUGACAACUUUUGUGUAAUUUGUGGGAAAGGGAAAGGUGGAGGUUAACAUAUUACCAUCUAGAGAGUUUAAGAUAAACGCUAAAUCAUUUCACAGUCUGUUUCUCUGUUCCACCUCUCAAUCACAAUCCUCAUUCAUGAAGCCUUUCGUUUCCAUUUGACAUUCAUCAGCAUGCUUCUCUGACCUUCACCUCCUCUCCUGAUAACUAGUCCUUCUUCUGUUUGGCAGUGGUUUGGCUUUUCACACUUGCUUUUGUUUAAUUGCCAGCUAAUCAGAGUGACAAUUUUUAAGCCAAUAGCAUAUUUGCACAUGAACCAGCCUAUGACCCAUCUACCCCACAAAAAUUUUUAAUCAUAAAUAAAUCAGUAAAAGAUGCUCCCCUCUGCUUCUGGGUCCUUUUCUGUUGAUUACACUUUACUGUUGUGACAAAAUGACAAAAAUAGGGAUGCAUGAUGUUAACAGCAUGACAACAGAAUCAGCAUAUUAUAGUUUAAAGGUGGGGUAGGCAGGAUCUGAGGAAGUGCCGGUUUUUGGUGAGAAAUCUUGAAUGUAAACUCUUCCCCUCCCAACCAGUUUUCCCCUCAGCUCCUCCUCUCCCCUCCAUCUCUACUCCAACAAGCCCCGCCCACAAACAGACGCUCCUGCUCACUUGUAUCGUUUCAAUUAAAUUCAGAUAUAAUGCAGAUAAAUACUUCAGAUAAUUACAAAUGGGACCCAGUCGACAUAAAAGUAAAACACAUUGGUGCUACUGUAGAUGCCAACAGACUACCAGCAAACACAAUGUUUGCAGGACUUCUACAACCAGGAUAAAGUGACAUACUUCAAGACCAGAUGUAAACAGUUUAGUGGUGCUACAACACACAGCAGGUCCUGUUUGACAAGAAACACUUCUAUUACACUUGGCUUACUUUGUUAAAGCAGUUUACCUGUCCAGCAGAAAGGUUACAGGGUCUGUAAGAUCCCAAAGCGCCCCCAUCAUUGUUGACCCAGCUUCUUAGCUCUUGUCCGGUCUACCUCCGUUUUAAGCGCCCGUUAUUCCGUCAGAGUCUCCAGUAUUUACUUCGUUUUCUUGUGUCGGCGAUCAUGGCUAAAGGAGGAUUCAGACAGUUUUCUGUACUUUCUGGUUGGUUUCUACUGUCCGAUAUUGUAACACGCUAACUUUGUUUGGGCUCCUGAACGACACGGGGGAGCAGCGUCUGCCUCACAACCAAUCAGGUUGGUGGAGAAUGGCUUUGUUUACAGUCAGAAAGAGCGGAGCACUCUGAAAUGUUAAAAUGUUGACUACACAGACAUAACAGAACACAGCAAUAUUGUUAUAUUACCAAAUGUCAUCAAUAACUAAUAGCUAUUGACUGAUAUUAAAAGCUUUUUUGUAUAUACACCACAAAAAAAUGUGCUUCUUUAACGGAUUCCUGCCUACCCCACCUUUAAAUAACUGCGCCAAGUUGGGGUCCAAUGCCCUCCCUACGAAAGUCAGCAAAGGCGCGAUUAUCUGAUGGUUCUGACUGAGGCUUAUCUUGCCAGAUUAUCUCAUGGUAGGAAAUUGUAAGAGAUUGUUUGUCUCCUGAUUUGGAAUUGUAAAUACUAAUCAUGUUCAAUAUUUAUGAUCAGAAAUCCUUAUGUGUAAAGGGGAUCCCUGAGCACAAUUGAUCAUGAACUCGAUAGCAACUAAGGAAGCGAGAUGACUAAAGACGGACGCACAAACAAAUGCAAUCAUGGCAACAAUAGUAAACAUGAGCAUAAACUGAGCUGGAUGUUUGAAAUUUAAAAAAUCGACUUAUUGAUACAUGCCAAGUCACAAGUUCAGUUAAAAACACAUCACAGCCAAAAUAAUGAGGGGGCAGAAAGUAAGAACAAAAUUGUUAUUUUCUUAGCUCCUGACAAUUUUCUCAUGUCAACAAACACAUCAUUAAUCUGUGUGAAGGCAGCAGAGGUGGUGAUUCCACUUUGCCAUCUAUGAUCAUUUAUAAUCAAGUUCUAUUAUUUGCCAUAUUUUUGCUAUUUGAUUGUCUGGAUAUUGUUUGUAAUAUAAAAUAACGUGUUACACUGACUGGUAUUUGUGUAGGAGCACCUUUGCUGAGUUAAAUAGUAUGCCCAAUGUUGUCUUGCUAGCUCUCCUGAAAUAGCUGCUAACUCUUUUGAGCACAAGACAAUUACUUAAGCGCACUACGUAAAAUUUUAACUUUGUAGAACUUCAGGGGCUCUGCAGGACUGCCAUUUUUGCAGACAGAAACUUUAACAGAAAACUUGUGUUGAAUUCUGUUUUGACCUCAUAUGGCAUGAGAUGAAAAGUUAAUGGGCUUUGAAAGUUAUGAAACACUCACCCUAAAGUGCCAAUUUGUUUGGAAAAUAAUCAGAUUUUUGCAGAAUAAGUGAUAAUUUUGUCCUGCUGGGUUGGAUUUUUACUCUUUAGCCAUUGAAUGAAUGUAUGAUUAUGAUCAAAUAAUGUCUGAGAUACAUCAAUCAAUCAAAUUUUAUUUAUAUAGGGCCAAUUCACAACAGUCGUCAUCCCAAAAUGUUUUCAAAAGAAAAAGAGCAGGGGCCUGUUGCAUAAAAGUAGGAUAAGGGAUUAAGCCGGGAUAUGUUGGUUAUCCUGGAUCAACUUAUCCAGGAUCCGGUUGAAUAAAAGUAGGAUAGGGGAAAGUAGGAUAUGUGAUGACAUAAGUUACCAUGGAGACUUAUUCUGUGGAGCUAGCCUGCUCCAGACCAGGCCAAGUUCCAGGAUCCGUUUAAUCUUAUCCCUUAUCUCAGUCAGCUGAUAAAUGAUUUUGAGAUAUAUAUAUAUAUAUAUAUAUAUAUAUAUAUAUAUAUAUAUAUAUAUAUAUAUAUAUAUAUAUAUAUAUAUAUAUAUAUAUAUAUAUAUAUAUGUAUAUGACAUCUUGGGAGGAACUCUGCUCCCCCAGGGAUCCCCUCCAUCACAGGCCUGUCUCUAUUUAAUGCCAAGACUUUGUCCUCAGCUGGGGUGAGGUCAGGUUAACUGCUAAAAGUACAGACAACGUGUGAGCAGGCACCUUCUGGGUACAACUUACACUUCUGCAUAGUAUAUGUCAGGGUACUUACCAUUCGCCAGGAUGUUUUUGUAUUUGAUUUUGACUUGCUGACAAGUUCUUUUAGGCCCAGUCAUGUUUAAUCUACAGACAGACAGAGGAAGCAUAGUUGGCUUUGUGGUUCUCUUGUGAUCAAUCAGAAUGCACGCACACACACACACAUACAUAUAAUAAAUAGGGCUGUCAAAUGAUUAGAAUUUUUAAUUUGAUUAAUCAGAGGUUUCUCCAGAUUAAUAACAAUUAAUCACCUUUAAAUAAUGUGUCAAGUGAAUGAAAAAGUCCAAAAGUAAAAAAUUAUGAAGGCUUUUAUCAUUCUGUCCUCAGUUUACAGUCACAAAAACAGCAGUGAAACUGUUAUUUUAAUUGUGUUCAUAUAAAUUUUACUCAUUAGGGCUGUCUUUUUGUUUUGGGGGGAUUUUUUUUUUUUUUUCUGUAAUUUUGGGGAUUUUGUUGCAUUAAUAGGUCAAAAAAACAAUUAUGAUUAGAAAUUCUACUCAGUUGAUUGCACAAAUUAAUAUACUCAAAUGAAGUCACUAAUUUUGACAGCUUUAAUCAAGAAUGAAACAGAAGAGGAGCAUGAGGAGCAAACAUGGAUUAACAUACUUUCUCUCUGCAGUUAUCUUUACUUGCAAUUUCAACUGUUUCAUAAUCAGAGUAGGCUAAAACAACUAUGUUUUUGGAGAUGUUAAUCAACUAUUUGGAUUGCAAUUGUGACGUUUCAGAGGAGGAGUGAGUGUGUAUUUGUGCAACACUUACGCAUUCAGGCGGUCUGCAAUACUUUGCCACGCUUUUUCUCGCUGUUUAAUGGCAGUGGCGGCGUUUCCUUUUUUUAAUCUGAUCUUUUAACUCUUCAUACGCUUCCAUAAGUAUAUCCUGCUCCGACGGGGAGAAGUAUGCAGCUCUGGUUGUCAUGGUAAAUAGGUGAAUCUGUGAUCGAUCGCGGGGGUCUAUUUAAGCAGCCAGGUGCGCGCAUUUAUCCGGGAUUGCUUUCAGCUGGUUUGAUGAAUCCGUUUCUUCUCAUCCUGGAUUAGCGUUUAUGCAACCGAAUAAACCUGGACGCUCUUGCUUUGGAUUCGUUGAGCUCAGCUCAGUCACUUAUCCUGGAUAACUGAAUCCUACUUUUAUGCAACAGGCCCCAGGUCAAGAUCACCACUGUUAGAUGAAUUAUCAAGACCCAACCUUAAAGGUCCUUACACACUAGGACCGAACACAAUAUACGAGGUGAACUUACGAACUGAAGUUACUUAGCACAGAUGAAAAUUAAAACAAAGACGUAUUUAAUUGUAUUUAGCAAACUGUUAAAGCACACAAACUAUCGUCAUAUGACAUAUCCAACGCUAUGACUCUCCAUAAGUUGUCCUUCAGGUCGUUAUCUUUGUAAUGUUUGUGUCUUUUAUCAAAAAGCACUCUGUUCUCCAACAUGGACAUAAUUAGCCAGUCAGCCAUGUUGGAUAUACCGGUGAAUCUGACGUCGCAACACGAAAUCUGAUCGGUCAGAAGAGGACACACAGUAUGCAAAACUUCAGAAAAUUCGACCGUGAUCCGAAAAAAUAAAUGCCGCAAUAUCACAGGACGGGAAAACAUCGCUGAUGUGUUUGUUUUAUUGACAGGAAAAACUUCCUUUUAACAGGCAGAAACCUUAGGACGGUCCAGACUCAGAUAUAUAAGUUUGAACCAGAGUAAACUCAAAGACGUAUAGGAAUGGUCCUAAAAAUAUUUCACCAGUAAAACCUUUCUCCUUGAUUUGUUCAACUACAUGCAGUACUAAAAUAACCACUGUGAUACACUCUAGUGGCAGUAUGGAUGACAACAACAAGCCCCAACAUGGAGAAGCCCCCGUUAGCUCCUUCCUCUUCAAGGCUUUUGGGCUUCUCACAGGAGACAUGAAACUCUGCAGAGAAUGGAUGAAAAGUAGGUAGUGUCUAAUUCUUGAAGCCACAUCAGUUAUAAUAGAGCUGUGCUUGAAUUCCAAGUGUCAAUAACCAAAGCUGAUCAAACUUAAUACACUUUCAUUGUUUGCUAGGACAGGUUUUGGUCAUCCAACUACUGGACUGGAUUUUCCGUGGGGUGGCUCAGGUCAUGUUUGUCAACAACCCUCUCAGUGGGCUUCUAAUAACAGCUGGACUCUUCCUGCAGAACCCCUGGUGGGCGUUGAAUGGUUUGCUGGGGACUGUUGUCUCCACUGUGUCCGCCAUGUUACUUGGACAAAACAGGUCUAUCACCAUUUUUCCAUCAAUAUUUGACUUCUUCACAGAUAUGAAAACUCUUUCUACAAAACCAUCAUCUCCGUCUCUCCCACUUAUAUCCGCGGGGGCUUCACUUUCUCCAACUUUCACACUGUGUGGUUUUCAGUUUGCCUCCCGUUUAAUUGUGUUUUGCACUCAUGUUGGCUACAUCUGUCACAUUCACAUCAGGGAGGCCAUCACAGCAGGUUUGUGUGGCUACAACGGAACAUUGGUCGGCAUGCUGAUGGCUGUCUUAUCUGCCAAAGGGAACUGGUACUGGUGGCUGUUACUUCCAAAUAUCUUCAUGUCCAUGCUGUGGUAAGAGUUUCCCUAAUUCUUAUCCAAUCAAUUCACUGGCACACUCUUAGUAAAGGCACCAGCAUGUUUAGACAGCCAUUUACAGCCACAGUUGGAAUAGAUAAACAUAGUUUAAUCCAUUCUCUGUAUUUGAAUUCUUCAUUUUAGUAAGACAAGACUAAUGAAAAAAGCCUGCAGAGGGCUUAACAUAUAAAAAUCAUGGAGAAAUCCAAGACUUGACUGGUGUGCUAAAAUAUAACAGAGGAAUGGUUCUGCACAAAGUUAAUAUCAGUAAACAGCAGCCCUGGGUUGCACCAUUUAUGCCUAAGUUUAAAGCAGCCUGGUUUAAAUGCAAUUAUUGAUUUAGGAUGCAGUUUACAAAUGUUUUAAGUAUUGUACACCCACAACAAUAGAUGAACUUAUUAGGGGUGGGAGAAAAAAAAUCGAAGCAGCAUAGUAUCGAGAUAUUUUGUCUGGUGAUAUAUCGUAUCGUCUCAUUUACCAAGUAUCGCUUUUUCAAAUUAAUAUGGAGUCAAAUCUAUAAAUAAUGGAAAAAUAAAAUCAACUAUUUGUCCAAUGAGGUUGACAGAGGUGACAUCAUAGUGCAGGAGACAGUUAAUGCAACAAAUAUAUAUAAGAUUUGCAAGAUGUGCUACAUGAAAAUAAAAUACAGCGUAAAUAAGAAAUAAGUAAGUAAAAAAGGAAAGCCAAAUGCUAAAUUAGCUAAACAGUUUUUAAAAAUUAUAUAAAUCGCAAUAUAUUGUAUUGAAAAAUGUUAAAAAUCGCAAUAAAUCAUAUAGUUUUCAGUAAUGCACUGACUGAGAUAGUUUCAAAGUAAGCAUAAGUUACAUCUCAAAGGUCCUUACAAACCGGGAACGACGCUAAUAUACGACGCGAAAUUACGAAAUUUUCAUAGGCGAAUUUUGACACGCCUGACUAUACAAAUCAAGCCCGAUGCGAUUUUGCGACUUUCCAGGGGGAAUAAAGACGCGUCCAAGGUGGAAGCAAGAAGACUGACACAACAGCAGACUGACUGUUUUUCAGUUCUGAUUAGACACUAGUGUUGAGAUGUCUGUCUGUCAUGAUAGCAUGUACUGAGUCGGUGCCAGUACCAGAUAAGCACAUUAAACUAUAAUCUGUAAACGAAAGGUAACAACCGAGACCUAAUGUUGCUGUGACAGCAACGCGAUUGAGUUUGAGACAGUGAAAAUACAUAUGGUAUGUUGUAUCUGAACAGGUUAGCUUAUGAGCUAAAGUUACUUAGCACAGAUGACGGUUAAAACAAAGACGUUUAGCAAACUGUUAAAGCACACAAACCAUCAUCGUAUGACAUAUCCAACGCUAUGACUCUCCACAAGUUGUCCUUCAGGUCGUUAUCUUUGUAAUGUUUGUGUCUUUUAUUAAAAAGCACUCUGUUCUCUGACACGUAAACAAUCAGCUGGUCGGCCAUUUUGGAUAUACCGGUGAAUCAGACGUCGCAACAACACGAAAUCUAAAAAAAACGAAAUAUUGAUGUCCGAAAUAAUAGCAUGAAAAAAACGGCUCUUAGUAGGUGUUAAGUCUUCUUUAAAUACCAAUUGUCAAAGCACUGAGCUUGUUUGGAGGCAGUCAAGCAUGAGAGCUUUGAAACAAACCCUCCACAAAGACAAAACCUUUUCCUUGAUUGGCUACUUGAAGUAAUAAAGUGAUAUCUGCAACAAUAGUGGGAUUAGUUUGGAUUUUAGGGUCUACUAGUUAGGCUGAACCUUAUGUCACCAUGGUGGGGCAAUGUAUGUAAAAAACUAAACUGUUUUACUGUAUGGGUCAGUGUGGGCCUCACACCCUAACAAUACACAAAGUUAUACAAAGUUGAUACUACAGCCACAUAAGUUAUAAGUCAUACAGUGAGCUCCACCCUUGGUCUGAACAUAGACCAUCUAGGCAAGGUCACAGCAUUCUCAUUUGAUUUGCCUUUCCUUCCAAUCAGUAAUCCAUUUCCUGCUCCUGUUUACAGCCCAGUGGUCUCCAGCGCUUUGUCCUCAGUUACCGGUAAAUGGGACCUCCCAAUAUUCACCCUGCCCUUUAAUAUUUUGGUGUACAUACAUGUCGCAGCAACAGGAGCCACUCACCCCUACUUCCCGCAGGUACAGUACAGCCCUGCUUCAAACAAUGGAGUAUGGAUUUUCAAAUGAAGCUCACUUCAGUUUAAUUUCAGGUGGAUAUCCAGCCAAAUCAUCAACUGCAUCCUUCUAAUAUUUCCAUCCAAAGCCUCAAUAUCUCUCAGGUGAAAAAAGAUUGUUUUAUUUUCUAGGUCAUUAUACUGGUUAUGCUGCACAUAUGUUGUCUUGAUAAAUUAUGUGCAGUAUCUGUUUGAAUUGUAAGUAAACUGCAGUCUUUCCAUUUGCAGCUCCUCCUGUCAGUGCCAGUCGGUGUUGGCCAGGUGUACGGCUGCGACAGUCCUUGGACAGGAGGGCUCAUCCUUCUGGCCCUGCUGCUUUCCUCACCAAUUAUCUGUUUCCACGCCAUGUUGGGCUCAGCGGCUGGCAUGCUGGCUGGUUGAAAGACUCUCUCAUUUGCAUAGAGAUCUGCAUAAUGUCUGCUGUGGCUUAAGUGACAAUUUUAGCUCUUUAAAGCAAACCAUGGCAUUACUCUGAAUGAACGAACCUUUGCAUGUUUUUCUCUAAAUAACCAGAAAUUAUGAGUUUAAAGAUCUACUAUUUGCAUGCUAUGUACACUAUUUAGGAUAAUUCUGAGGUUUUUCUUUAUGCGUGUUACAGGAUUUGCACUAGCAGCUCCUCAUGUGGACAUUUAUUCAGGCCUGUGGGGAUAUAACAGUGCUCUUUCCUGUGUUGCCAUUGGAGGGGUUUUUUAUGUCUUAACGUGGCAAAGCCAUCUACUAGCUGUAAUAUGUGGUAAGACUGACAGACACAUCGAUCAUUAGUCUGCUUUACUUGAAGUAUUGCUUGUUAAUAAUAAUAAAAUGUACAUGUAUUUUUCUUUUUAGCUCUUUUCUGCGCAUACAUGACUGCGGCAAUCGUAAAAAUGAUGUCUAUGGUAAGAAACUUUCCCUUAAACAUCGUCUGAAUACCCAGAUGUCUUUCAUAUCAUAUGUCACGCUCUCCUCUCCUUUGACAUCCCCUUUCAGCUCGCAUUACCGGCCUGCACGUGGCCUUUCUGCCUGUCGACUCUCAUCUUCCUCCUCAUUUCCUCUGAGAUCCAAGCCAUCUGUAGACUGCCUCUGUCUGUGGUCUCUUACCCUGAGGAAAAUCGGCGCUACCAGAGACGAUUAAAGGUCUCAGAGAAUGCUCAGCACUGUCAGCACAGUGGCAGCCAAGAGGAGGCCCAGAUGGGGGAGAAUGAAGUGCAGAGUGUCCACUUGGUGGUGGAGAAGAGCUGCACUGAGUGAAUCUGAUGCCAUGGUGGUGCUUCAAAAUCCUACUUUUGAGGAUGUUAUAUGUUAUAUAUGAGGAUGAAAUGUAGGAAUAAUAUGGAGAUGAACUAUGGAGAUGUCAUAUAAAAAAAUUUGUUGUAAGAAAUAGCAAAAAUUCAUUAUGCAACAUAGCUUCACUGAACAGCAGAGGGCACCACUCUCCAAGGAAAGACAGAGCCACAGAGGCAUGUAAAUCUAAUUAUACAGAGGAAAUAACUAAGACAACUUGAAUGAGGGGGACAUAUUAUAUAAACCGAUGUUGUAAGGAAUAAUACAGAUCAUUUUGAGUGCUGUCUCUGAUGUAACAGUAAAAUGGACUUUCCUGAAGUUUUGGUGGUUGCUUUAAGAAGAUUUAAAAUGCAGCAGAGCAUGUCAUGAGUGCAGAUAUUGAGCUGCAGGGAAGAUUUUUAUAAAGUGCUCCCCCAGCAAAAACACCCUCUUCUCUGCCAGGCAUAAUCCAUCACUGCCUUCUGCGCUCCAAUCUGUCUUAUUGUUUCCUCUAAUAAUUUCUCUUUAUCUCCCCUCUGGUUUCUUGUGCUGCCUCGUCCUCAGUUUGACAUGUUUUGGUAAACCCCCUUUUAUUGCUUAUCUUCUUUCAGCUCUUUUAUUAUCAGUUUCAUCUCUUCUCUAAAGGACGACCUCUCUCCUUUUUCCCCCCAAAGUCGAAAGAUUCUGAUCCCUGUGAAAAGAAGAUUCUGGGACAUCAGCUGAUAAUCAUACUGAGAGCUGUCUGGGUCUGUGUCUGCAUUUAUAUCAACACUUAUGAAAUGUGUGUUAUUAUUGCCAUCUGCCUGUCUGGAUAUCUGGAGCACAGAAGCACAGAGUGCAGUCUAGCCAGUGCUACACAUAACAGUCACACUCCUAGACAUGUGUGGGUGCUGUGAUGAAUCGGGGGGGUGCGAGACGAGGGUAGGGGAAAAAGUUGAAAAUGAGACAACUCGUUUCAUUGCCUGGCGAUGCAAAAUGGCUUAUAAUGACUGAUCCUACAUUUCAACCCAAAUCAAAAAUCUUACUUUCCUAAAUUCUCAUUAUUAUUAAAUUAUUAUUUUCUCAUUUUAAAAUGCAGCUUGUUGGUAAAGGUGACCUAACUUGGAGGGUUCUUCUUUUCUCUUCUCUUGCACAAUGUUGAUUCAUCCUUUAACCUUUGAAGGAACAGUGUUGGCUGUAGGAUGGUGUGAGAUGUGGUGGAUGUCACCUCCCGUGUCAGGGCUGUGUACUCACAGCAGUGUUAUUCACUCUUCUGACCACACUCACAGAAAACUAAAUGCAUGCAGAGGAGGAAAAAAAAAACUUGUGUAGCUCUGCACCUACUGGUUAUCUACCCCACUGUCUGACAGAUAAGAAUUGCAAGUCACAGAUAAUAGCCGCUGCAGUAUUUUCUAACUCCACAUAGCUACGAUAGGGUCUUGAGAAAAAUUAAAUAGCACUAGCAUAAAUACAAGAAAAAGGGACCUGUAAUGAAAAUUAGGGCCUGACCGGUAUGGAUUUUUUGGGGCCGAUGCCGAUUAUUAGGGGGGGGGGGGGGGGGGGUCUGAUUACUGAUUAAUCAGCCGAUUUUUUAAAAAAAUUUUAUGAAGUUAUAAAAAUAUAUAUACAGUAUAUAGUGUAGAUACCAACAGUAUACUAUAUGCUGUAGAUAUACUGUAGGCUACUGCUUUUCACGCCAACAAGAAGACCGACUGAUCCAAAAGCGUUUUCAACCCCCUCAGCUAAUGUGCUAAUGUGUACUGUUGUUUAUUCUACUGUUAUUGGCACGGCUAACAGUGUAGCAAGGCUAAUAGCAGAUGGCUAACUCUAACUUUAGCUUGCAUAUUACAUGGUGCUUCACCGUUAACUCGGCGUGAUCGAGACCAGCACAGCGGGGAACAUUCGAAGUGGGUUGAACUGAAACUUGUUGACUUAUUGUGUAUUUCACAAACUGUUUUUUCACCGUUGAGGCGGACCACUCUCAUCCAUGCGUCCCUGAGCUGCCUGCUUCAGAUCCGUCACUCUGCUGUGCUGUGAGGUAGUUAGUGGAUGAAGAUUGUCAUGAGGUCGCUGCGUCAUCUUCAGGAUGAGUCGGGGAACUUUUCAAAUGGCGAAACAUUUUCGAAGUGAAACCGAAUCUUAUUCUCCGCAUUUUAUUUCAGAAAAUAUCUGCGAAAAUCGUCUAGUUUUGGUCGAUUACUGAUUAGUCUCAAACUGGCUAAUAUUGGCUGAUUUAAUCGGCUCACCGACAAAUCGGUUUGGCCCUAAUCAAAAUGAUCUGGUGAUCAUACACAAGUUUUGGAUCUGUACCUCCUGCAUUAUAUUUACAUUAAUGAUACAGGAAGAUCCAGUUUGUCAGAGGCUCCUGAAAUUAUAUCAUCACCCUAUAGUGGGAUUUUCUGCUACAUACUUUCAGAAUGAAUUCCAGAUUCAUUUUGCAUAAACAUGACAGACUUGGCAAAAGGCUUCAGCAGGUUUUCAAAAGAGUAAUUUUAGAUACUCAAUUAUGUUGACUAUUUGUCAGACUGUCUUAUGCAACAUAAUUUGCAUAUGGCCUAUCUGCUGCACAUUCAAAUGCAGGGUUAUGUAUGAGCUUGUACCUAGUGACAUAAUGACAUAAACACAUAAUCACCUCCCUCCCCAUAAAAAACCUUUGUAGAUGCUCAUCAGAGUUGCAGUUUUACAUAAAAUGAUUGGAAAACGGUAUUUUGAUUAAAUGUGAGGGUGUUUCAUGAAUACAUUACCAUUAAGUGUUUUAAUUUGGGUUAUUCAGAAUCUUAUUUAUCUGUACCCCACAUAAGAAAGCCUCGAACAUCUGUUGUGUAAUGGAUUGUGUAAUGUUUAUCUUCUUUUAAUCUAUAUUCAAGUGGAAAAAUAAACACACAAGAAACAGAACAGUAGCACUGUUUCCUACAAAAACAUACCAUGUAAAAGUCCACAGGUGAUGGAAAAGAGGUCGUGUGUGAUCCCCCUGUUAUUGUAUUGAAUUGUACUGCUUUUGUAUUAAUCCAUGCCACAAUGGAUAGCAUCUGUAUGCAGUGGACUGCACUGGAUUCCUGACAACCUUCUGCAGUUUCAGCUCUUGCUUUGCAUUCGAAUAAGCUUCUGUUUACAAAUGUACAUAAUGAACAUUCUUAUAAAGAAUAUAUAUUUUUCAUUAUUUUUACAGAUAUUUUUGCUAUUGUCUCUGACCUACUGUAUGUUAAACUUAUCAUACACAGCUGUUUAGACUGAUAUUCUGCAUUAUUAUGGCAAGUAGUUCUGCCUGUAAUGUACAUAUAUAUUUAUACUUGUUGCUUUUGAACUUCGGGUCACAUGUUACACAACUUUUCACUCUCGAUCCACCUAAAGUGUGUGCAAUCAGAGGCAAUAAAGUCUUUUCAGCAGUUCA